CUUGACUCGUCGGGGAAUCAUGUCGCCAUGCUCACCUCCCAGCCUAUAUCCGGUGACAAGACAGAUAAGACAAUGCAAUCGUCCGCUGAACGAUCUCUCAGGCGCACAUCGACGAUCCAAUCGAGCUCUGCUUCCACGUUGAAAGCUUCAAGUAUAACGCCAUCUCCUGCUAAGGUACCAAGCUGAUCCAUGCAUCAAAUAAAAUCAUUGUUUAUAUAGAGCAGAUUGGUUUAUAUAUAUUUUAUCGCAGGUGGAUAAUAAUAACUCUGAAUCACUAAAAAUUCCUAAAGUUGGGAUGGUUUUCAAAUCAGAAGAGGAUGCAUAUGAAUUUUACAAUGAAUAUGAUGGUAAGAUUGGUUUUAGUAUUCGGAAGAGCCACUCCAAGUUGAGACCAAAUAAAACAAUAUAUAAGAAGCAUAUAGUUUGUAGCAAUGAGGGUGAACGGCAUACUCAUUCAACACAUGAAACUCUGAAACAGAAUGCUGAAACAAGGUCUCGUUGUGAUGUCCGUGUUCAGUUUAGUAUUGCUCGUGAUGGUGUUUGGAAGGUGCAGAAGGUUGUAUUGGAGCACAAUCAUUAUCUCGCAAGUCCAGAUAAAAGACACAUGUUGCGGUCACAACGUCGUUUGGUAGAGUCUGAUAAACUUGUGAUUGGUCAUAUGAGGGAAGCAGGAUUUAAGCCUGCCGAAGUGUUCAAAUUUUUCAAGCAGUGGUAUGGAGGACCUCAGAAUGUACCUUUCUUGCGAGUCGAUAGCAAUAAUCAUAUCGGUCGCGAGCGGAAGAAAUAUUUGGAAGUAAAUGAUGCGCAAACACUAUUAGAGUUCUUAAAGAACAAGCAGUUGGAAGAUCCUUGUUUUUUUAUGCCAUACAAUUAGAUGAAGAGGAUUGUCGGAUAGCUAUUUUUUUUUGGGCAGACGGUCAAGCUAUCAUGGACUAUGCUUGCUUUGGUGAUGCAUUAUCAUUUGAUACCACAUUUCAAACAAAUAAGUUUGAAAUGCCUUUUACACCACUUCUCAGAACUAACCAUCAUAAACAGACCAUUCUUUUUGGAGCUGCACUAUUAUGUGAUGAAACUACCGACUCAUUUAUAUGGCUCUUCAACACAUUCUUAACAGCAAUGUCUGGCAAGAGACCUGUUACAAUCUUCACAGAACAAUGUGCAGCUAUGUCAAAGGCAAUUAGCAUAGUUCUUUGGAGCACAAAGCAUCGCCUCUGUCUUUGGCACAUUUAUCAAAAUGCCGCUAAGCAUCUUAGCCAUGUUAUUUCAAACCAUCCUCAGUUUCUUGCUGAUUUUAAAAAAGUUGUAUACCUUGAAAGUUCAGUGGCAUACUUUGAUGAGAAGUGGCAAGAAUUGUUGAUUGCUUAUGACCUUGUGGAGAACUCAUGGAUACAAACUUUGUAUGGUUUGCGUGAAAAGUGGGCUGCCGUGUACCGCAAUGAUUCAUUUUCCGCCGACAUGACCACAACUGAAAGGAGCGAAGGUAUGAACAAUGUGUUCAAGAAACAAUUUCGCAAGAGGUUGUGUCUUUCAGAGCUCAUAGUGGAGUAUGAGAAGUGUGUUGUUAGUCUUCGUGAAAAUGAACUAGAUGCAGAUUUUAAGUCACGGAAGUCUACACCUGUUCCUUAUGUAAGAAAUUUACCUAUGCUGAAAACUGCAGCUGAGUCAUAUACAAGGAGGCUUUAUACUGAUUUUGAAGAACAGUUCAAACAACAAUUUUUUGUCAAGUGCGAACUCAUUUCUGAAGUUGUAAAUGUCUGAACUUAUAAGGUGAUGGCUAUGCAAUAUGAGGAAGAGGCGAUAGUUACCUUCAAUUAUGAGAAUGUGACCAUAUCAUGUUCGUGCAGAAUGUUUGAAUCCAAAGGUUUGUUGUGCAAACAUUCUCUGCGAGUGUUCAACAUCAAUGAGGUGUUCGCUUUGCCAUCGCAAUAUAUAUUACACCGGUGGACAAAAUAUGCAAAAAGAGAUUAUGCUUCGAAUAAUCAGGGAAGUCCACAAGAAAUGUUACAAACGCCGGCUGCACGCAUUUCUCGGAAAGCAGCCUCUAUUGCACUGAAGUGCUCUGU